AUGUUGCCCAACUUUCCUCACGCCGACGAUGCGCAGCCGGCGGAUCAUUCACGACUCGCCGAAGCCAGGGCGAACCACUGGAAUACUUCGUGGACGAACAUAAGCGACGAAGAUUAUCCUCCGAUGGAAGUGUUCGGUAACGAGGUGCAAACUUUCCUAAUCGUGCUGUACACCUUGACGGCCGUCCUAGCGUUGGGCGGUAACAUAACGGUUGUCGUCGUGUUGGUGUUGGGCAAGAGGUCGUCGAGGGAGUUGAGGCUAUUUCUGGUGAACUUGGCGCUUUCGGACAUCACCAUGGCUGUGUUUUCUAUUCCGUUCACCUACACGGAUUUCAUGCUGGGACGCUGGGUGUUUGAGCCACUUUUCUGUCCCGCGGUGUUGUUCAUGCAGCAUCUAUCGGUGAUCGUUUCGGUUUACACUCUUACGGCCAUUGGAGUGGACCGGUGA